AAAGUUCUUUUUUGUUCUUUUUAUAAAAAUUAGAAAAAUUAUGUCGCUUUUGCACAAAUUUCGCUUCCUGAUCACCCCAAUUGUGUACAGAAACUCCUGGAUAUGUCCUAACAAACAAAUGUCUCGUACUUUCAGCGACGAAGCUCAGAAAGCCCGCGAGGCUGCAGCUUCCGGGGCUGCGGCUCAGCCCACAAUCUUCGAUAAGAUUAUCAGCAAGGAGAUUCCGGCUAAUAUUAUCUACGAGGACAGUACGUGCCUUGCUUUCAAUGAUAUUGCUCCGCAGGCUCCGGUGCACUUCCUCGUGAUACCAAAGAAGAGAAUUGCAAUGCUUGAGCUGGCAAAGGAUGAGGAUAAAGAUAUUUUGGGGCAUUUGAUGAAGGUCGCCGGGAGUCUGGGGCAGGAAAAGGCACCCAAUGGAUUCCGCUUGGUGGUCAAUAAUGGCCCUGAUGGGUGCCAGAGUGUCUAUCAUCUACAUUUGCACGUCCUCGGAGGCCGGCAGCUUGAAUGGCCACCAGGAUAAAUGCCUGAAAUUCCACUUCUACCGCAUUUCUGUAUCAAUUGAUUGAAUCUUUAGAAAGCCUCCUAGCGAUUUUGGUGAUGGCAUUUCAAUAAAAAUCAGCAAAAAACGGAAGAAA